UUUGCUGUUUCCAGCAUUUUGUCUCUUUUAUUAUUCUGUAGUAAUGAUUAGAUUGAUCUAUUCAACGAAUAUAAGUAACAGCCAAGUGUUUCAAAUUUUGAGAAAAGUUGAGAAAUAGAGCUCCAACAGUUAAUUUUUCAUUAAACAUCAACCAGUGCAUUUUAACUUCUACACUCAAGUUACCAAGUUUCAAAUGACACUUCUGCCACACAAUUGUAUGAACACAAACAUGAAUUAGAAGCAGGCAAAGGUCAUUCGUUUCUGUGUGUCUGCUCUAGAUUAAAUGACAGUAACUAAUUUUACGUCUUACCAUAUUUUUCUUGCACGAACCCUAUUUCCUCUGAUUUGGUGUACAUUUAAACGUCUAUUCAUACCUUGAAUAUACUGAAUAACAAACUUCAAAGCCUUCUGGUACAGAAUGACAAAGAUUUAUAAAUAUUGGGGUGAAGAAAUGUUUUUGUCCGCACGGGGCUUUUAUCAUAAGCCUUCCUCGACAACGUCGACAACACUGCCCUCAUCAAUACAUUUGUUUCUUUAAAGAGUUGAAAUUGAUCAGGUAGCAUUUUUUCCCCAAUGAAGUCACGCUAUUUUUGAGUAAUCCUACCCUCGGAAUGCAGAUUCCCCAAUCCCACUUCCUAACUGACGUUACCAGCUCACAAUGACAUGCCUUUCCUGAAUAAAGCCCUCACGUUUGCCGUCCACCGAGGCAUCUAGCUGUGGCGGUGGAAGGUCUCCCCGAAGCCCAACCCCGCACGUCGCCGUCGAGGACGAGGCCCUGCGGGCUGAGGGCGAGUGCACGAAUGGCCAUGUUGUGCGGCGCCGCAGCCAAUCAGCGGCGAGCCGCCCGCCCUCCCGCCCUCCGCGAUGUACGGCGGUCGCCGCCGUUGACAACACUGCGCCCUCACCUGGGAAACGAAGGAUCCUUGAUCAAACAUGGCGAGGUUAAGUGAGCAUGGGAUUCGCCUCAGUGCGAUGAGCCCUACCUACUUACACACAAACUCGACCAGCCACACCUGGCCUUUCAGCGCAAUCGCCGAGCUCAUAGAUAAUGCAUGUGAUCCAGGAGUGUGUGCCAAACAAAUGUGGAUUGACGUGACUGAAAUUAAAAAUGAGCUGUGCCUGAUCUUCACUGAUAAUGGGAAUGGAAUGACUCCAAUUAAACUACACAAAAUGUUGAGCUUUGGCUUUACCAAUAAAACUGGGAAUAAAAACCAUUUGCCAAUAGGAGUGUAUGGAAAUGGGUUUAAAUCUGGCUCCAUGAGGCUAGGGAAGGAUGCUAUGGUCUUCACCAAGAAUGGAGGAGCUUUAAGUGUGGGCCUCUUAUCGCAGACAUACCUGGAGCAGAUUAAUGCACAAGCUAUAAUCAUCCCCAUUGUGCCUUUCAACCAACACAAUAAGAACCUCAUAGUUACUGAAGAUUCGGUGCCAAGUCUGGAGGCUAUUUUAAAAUAUUCAGUUUUCAAAUCCCAGGAGGAACUACUGGCAGAAUUUGAUACAAUUGCUGGCAAGAAAGGAACCCGGAUUGUUAUUUGGAAUAUCAGAAGAAACAAGGAUGGAAAACCUGAGCUGGAUUUCGAAACAGAUCAGUAUGAUAUAAGGAUCCCAGAUAUCAAUUGUGAGGAGAGUGCAGGAAAGAAGAAAAGCUACAAACGGCCAGAGAGGCUGGAUCAGCAUAUUCCUGAAAGUGACUACUCAUUAAGAGCAUAUUGUAGCAUUUUAUAUCUGAAGCCUCGAAUGCAGAUCAUAUUGCGUAAGAAGAAAAUCAAAGCACAGCUUAUCACAAAGAGCUUGGCCCACGUUGAAUAUGAUGUUUAUAGACCUAAUUUUAUUAAUAAACGUGUAAAAAUAACCUUUGGUUUUAACUGCAAGAACAAGGAACAUUAUGGAAUAAUGAUGUACAACAAAAAUCGCCUUAUCAAAUCCUAUGAGAAAGUUGGAUGCCAGAUAAAGUCAACUACCAGAGGAUGUGGAAUUGGCGUAAUUGGAAUUAUUGAGUGUAAUUUUCUCAAACCAGCACAUAAUAAACAAGAUUUUGAAUACACCAAAGAAUACAGGUUGACUCUUCAGGCACUGGGGCAGAAGCUGAAUGAUUACUGGAAGGAAAAGAAAAUCAAAAAAAAACAGGAGGAAGCAGAUAACACUGAGUUGAUAGAAGAGUUACAAACUGCUCCUGACCAGGCUUGGGUUCAGUGUGAGACAUGCAUGAAAUGGCGCAAAUUACCACCAGAAGUCGACCCAGAAUCAUUACCAGAAAACUGGUACUGUAAUAUGAAUCCUGACCCCAAAUUCAGAGAUUGUUCUAUACCAGAGGAGCCGGAAGAAAAUGAUGAUGAGAUUACACCCAGUUAUGAAAAAACAUCUAAAAAAUAUGAUCAAAGUCUGGAAAGAAGGAGAUCAAAGUCAUUGGAACAAGAGAGUGCCAUGCAAUCUGAGCUGUUUUUAACAAGCCAAAUAAAGGACUCCUUGGAAACAGAAGAAAGUGAGGGGGAGGAGGAAGAGAAAGAUGAACAGGAUGAAGAGGGAGGCUGCAGAGCACAAUCUUGUUCCACCAAUCUCAACACAGCUUCAGGAUAUUCAGAUGGCACAAAUGAAGAACAUAUUGUGUCCUGCAGCCUAGUACUGAGCAGUAAUAAACGAAAGCAGAGUCCAAAUGGUAAAAACCGAAAUAAAAAACGCUUCAAAGAAAAAGUAGAAGAACUAGUCACUCCUGAUGCAGCCCAACCACUGGAAUCUGGAACAGUGAAUGCUACCAGAGAAAGGCAGAGCAACAACAGUGAUGAUGAUCUCAUCAUCAUAAAAAAUGAGAGUAUCCGGGAAUCUGCGGACAUUUCUCAAAGCACCAAGCAGGAUGAAAUAGAGCCCAUGGAGUAUUCUGCAGUCCCUGAAGAUAAUAAUGAUAAAAAAAAAAUUAAGGAAAAUGGUUCAAAUAGUGAUGGGUCAGUUAUUCAUGACCCUUCAGAAAACAUAUUUAUUUCGGAAGGAACACAGACCAAUAAACUUCCUGUUAUAAAGAAAAUUGAAACAAAUUCUAGCAGCACAAAUGAGCCCACGUACUCCCAUUUUAAUCUCAGAUGCCAAGAAAGUAUUUUAACAGACAGAGUUCAUGAGAGCGCUCUCGAUUCAGCAAAGUAUACCCCAGCUGCAGUACAAUUUCUGGAGAACCAGUUGGACCAUGCAAGAAAUUUAUUAGACGAAAUAACUGCAGAAAGAGAUUGCUUUAGGAAGCAAAAUGAAGAACAUACCAUUGCACUAAAGCAGAUAACAAAACAAUUGUUGGACUACCAAGAAAAUGAGAGACAACAGCAACAAUGUAAAAUGAAUAAAGAAGCUAAUGGGCCUGAAAUCUGGAGUCUAGAAGACAUGAGAGCCCAUUACGAGAAAGCAAUUGAUGAUCGUGUUUCUUUGACCCAGCAGUUAGAAGAUACAACAAAGAGGAUGGAAAAUUGCUCCUUAGAAAGGGAUCUUCUGAAAGAAAAGCUUGAGAAAAUGGAGCAAGAAAGAGAUCAAAUCAGAUCAGAGUGUGAAAAAAUAAAGCAGGAUUUGAAAUCCAGCAGGAACAGAAGGGAUGAAAUUUAUUGGACGAAAAAAUCAGCUGCUGCGUACAGAUACUCGGAACUAGAGCUGAUGCGGACAGAAGUUGAGAGAUUAAAAGGACAAAAGGAAGAGUUGGAGAAGAAAUUAGAAGAAGCCCUGAGGUGCAAUGCAGUACAUAAAGAGGCAUUGGUUCCUUCCACCAGCCAAGGAAUUGCACAGGCCAACAGUGUACUGACAAAGCUGAAGUCAUUGCGAAUAAAGGUUGGGCACCUCUUGGGUUCUGUACUGCCGCACUUGGACUUAAAGGAGAUCAGUUAUGAAACAGAUACAAUUGAUGACAUUCUAGAAAAAGUCAUAGAAGCAAAUAAACUCUGAAACAAAACUCUCAUAUUGUGUCAUCAUGAGAUAAACAACAGCUGACAAAUAUGUCUGACCAAAGUAUAUGUGGAUUUGUAAUGCUGUAUCUGAGAAAAACAGAAAUACGCGAUAGCAGUGUACCUGAAGUAUUUGCACACUUUUUACACUGACUACCAACCAAAAAUACAAAAUUGAAUGUUUUGAUAACUGUACCGGAUUGGAUGUAUCCACUUGUAAUUAAAUUGUCAGAGCUGCUGGUAAAUACAGAAAUUACUGUUAAUUUUCCUUGUUUUAUUUACUCUUUUUAUUACUCAAGUCUAAGGUACAAAAUGUGCCCACCCAGCAGUAAAAUGAUUGAACAUUUUUCUGAAGACAUGAGGAUAUUGUGUUGCAAAGAGUGAAAUCGAGUGUACAGGACUGGCUUAAACUAAAACUAAUAAUAAGCUAUAAAUACUGUAGAGGCUAAAGCAGAUAGCUGUUGCCUCUUGUAGCCUUUGUGAUAUCAAGCUUGUGGAUUUCUGAAAUGUCUUGUAUUGUACUGAGACAUCUAUGCUAUUCUCAGUUGCUUUUAAGAUUCCUGAAAAAAAGAUUUUUUUUAACAUUGUUAUCAAAAUUAAUCUGUGAUCAGAAAGUAAAGUACUAAUGAGGGUCAAUUUUUCUUUUUGCAUCCUGUGGAUAUAUGUUCUCUGGUGUUAUUACAAGAGAAGUACAUUCUCAAGAUUCAGCUUUCAUAACAUCUAUCCCUUACUAAAUUGUUUUUCCUUUCUAACCAAAGCUAUUAACAAGGUAUUUUUUGCACUUAUGAAUAAACAGAUCACUAUGAUUCCUUUGGCAGGGAUGUGAACUAAAAUAUGAAUUUGAGUGAUCUUGAAGUAUUUGGUUAUAUUUAAGGCCUAUUGAAUCCUACAAAAUUUUGUUCUUAUAGUUAUUUGGAUUGAAAGUACUCAGGCUUCCGAGGUGAUAGCUGAAAACAAGACAAAAUGUACUGGAAAUACUCAAAAAUAAGGCCACAUUUGUAAGUGGAGAAAGAGUUAACAUUUCAGACUGAAUACUUUUUGUCUGAUUAUAGAUCCCUCCCCACAAGAUUAUUGAGUUAGCUGUUAAGUAUAGGAGGUGAAUUUGCUUGGAAUAUUCCAUAAUCAUCUGCUUUAAUUUUGGAAGAAGGAGGAGUGGUGAAAAUUCCCAAAGAUAUUCAUUCCCAAAACUCCAUCUGAAUUUUAAUAAUCUAGUUUGAUUGAGUAAGACUUGCUCAUAUUUGUUCAUUAUUGUUAAAUUAGAGUGGAAAUAAAUGCAUAAAAGGUGAAGGGGAACCCAGUGAACUGAUUGGAAUACCCUUUGCUUUUAAUAAAAUAUUAUUGUAUGAAACAUUGAACACAAAGGGAGAAGUUUCCUUUGGUUACUGGUGUUGAAUAUGUAUGAGAACAUUGAUUGUCAGUUAUGCAUGCCCCCACCAUUUUGGAACUGAUGCUUCUUGAUAUGAGUGCAGCUGGCAUCUGAUAUUCCUGCAUAAAUUUUGUUUUAGCAACCAAAGACAAUUUUCACCCUGUAACUCCAGAAGGUCCAUUUUCUCCAAUGGGAGUGUAGCAGAGUAUUAAGUUCUGACAUCCUCAAAAACUUUUAAAAACUGUAGGCCUGAAGUUUUUAAUAUUCUGAGGAUUGGCUACUACCCCCUAUUAUUUCACAUCACUGCCAGUCACCCUGGCAGGCCUAAACGUUUAAAGCUAGGUUCCUUAAAACAGUUUUUUUUUAAUAGCUAAGUAAGGUUGGCCAUAGGAAUGUCGCUUAUUUCCAUUUGAUUUCUUUGAUCUAAAUUUGUUAACACAUUUAGCAAAAUAUCCAGCCAUGCAAAAAAUGAAUAAUAAACCAACUUUUCAAACAAAAAGUACACUACAAUUGCUUUUCCACCAAUUUGCUCUUUUUGAUAAGAGGGAUCCAAAUUUAUAAUUUGUUUACUAAAUAUACAAUGGUCUGUUACAUUUAGGAUCUGUAUUUUAAUAUUAAUAAUGAAAGGUUCCCUCUGAGUUCCAACUCAUAACAAGACCUGUUUAUAAUUUGGUAUCAAAGUAGCAAUCCUAACUAAAGAGGAGUGAAAAAUGACAUUGACAUGGAGUAUUUUUAUAGAUAUCCUGUUGCUUGUUGUACACCUUGAUUCAAUAAGCGAUGUAAUACAUGGUAGAAGGAUAGGUCAAUGUUCUUCGCAUUGGUGGUGAUGAAUUUAAUUUAAUACAAUCUUGAUAGUGAUUCUGCAGAAGGCAAAUGAGAUAACCAGCAAUAUAUUGAAGGAAGGACAUGUAAUAGUCAGGCCAUAAGAAGUAAUUUCUCUUCCUGUACAGAUGGUUUUAAGUUUUUCUUUGUGUUCUUUGAGCUUCAGAACAGUGUUCUUUAAAUAAUGUGGCACCUCAAAGAGAGUAUCAUCGGCAAAGCAACUCGUUUUCAGUUAAAGUAUUAGUCUGGAAUAAAUGAUAAAAUCCUGGAUUGAUCUUUGAAUAUACAGCUUUGCAUCUUAGGGAACAGUUUUGUGAGGGAAAUAGUAAUUUGAUAGUUGUAGCUCUGUGUGAACACAUCAGAGUGAGAGUUAAAUUCCACCUUAUUAAAUUAAAAAAUUGUGAUUAAUAAAUAGAACAACCAUGAAAGCUGCUGUUUUGUCAUUAAAUCUUUGAUUUGUCACUGGUUAUCCUCACAGAGAAGAGCAUGCCAGCCUGUUCAGUCAAAUCUAAUGUGCAGUAUCAUGUUAAUUGUUAUUUUUAAUGGUUUCCAAAGUGGACUCAGUAGACAUUCAGAAGAAUGGUUAAGAAGAGGAACACUUCUCAGCAAGUAAUUUUGUCACUUUAGUCCACAUCCCUGCAAAUCUUUAUAGGAUGAAAUUUUGAAGUUGAGUCUGAAGACUGUUAAAAUGAUAUUGCUUUGCUCUACACCUAGCCAUGCUGUCUUUGACUCGCUAUUGCUUGCUACGAAAGCUAGUUUAUCGAAGCAUAGUCCACAUAUAUUUAGAAGAAAAAUGUUAAAAAUUGAAUUUGAUUACACUCAGUACAAAUUGAUUACAAUCUCACUAGAUUGCAAUUUUGCUACAAAUAUUUAACUAAAAGAUCAGCACAGCUUUCUUCUACAGCUCCAGAAUUUGUUUUUUAGUUUUUAAAUUUAUAUUCCAUAAUAAUAUUUGGAAUGUUAUUUCAUUGUAAUUCAUCUGAAUAUUAAGCAACAUUAAAACGUAUAUAUGCUUUUGUAUAGUCACAUAGUCAUGCCCCUUAUGAAUAUGGAAUAUAAGUAAUGUUUUAGUGAUUGCAAUUACGGAAUUACAGAUUGUCCACAGAUAAAAUAAUUCCACCAUCCACCUUUUCCCAAAUGGAAUUUCUUCUUUAGUAUGGAAUGUAAUCAUACAUGUUUAUCAUUUUAAAAAGUAUGUAAACAUAGAUUUAGUUUAAAUGGUUUUGCCUGUGGAAAGUUAUGCUACUUGUGUUGUGAAAGCUAAGAUACAUUUUGAACUAAUGUUCAUAAGUUUACAGAAUUUUUGUUUAAUAUGCUCUGUGUCAGAAUUAGCCUCAUCACUGUUGCACACUACCUCCAUCUUCAUAAAAUAAAACCCCCUCUGUGUUGCAUACACUGUAAUGUUCAACUCACAACAAUAUUGGGAGAACUGUUAACUAGAGUUUAACGCAUCCGCACAAAUAGGAGGAAUGAAAAUGCUAUAGAGAAGUAUUAAAGCGCUGGGCAAAAUGCAGUUGGACUGCCAUCAAAUGAUCUUUGCUGCUGAAAAUCAAAAAUAUUUCCAAUUCCCAGCCUUUCAAUGUCAUCCUCUUUAUUGGCAGCUAAAAUGUAUAAACAUUAAAAAUUCAAGUUGAUUUAGCGGAAAGGAUGUAGCGAAUUUUCUUAACUACUAUAUCACAAAAGAUAAUUUCCAAGGAAACAAUUACAAGCCACUCAGACUUGAGGAUUAAUUUUUCCUCUAUCAGUAAAUGAAGUAGGCAGUCAUGUUAUUUCAUUAAUCACUUACUUGCAGACCCUGCUUAUUGGUAAAACUAUUACAUGGAAUCAAAUUAUUAAAAGAGGAGUGUUUUAAUUUUUUUGUCUAAUUAUGUGGACUUGAGUUUAUUUCCAUGAUCUCACUGGUUGGGGGAAAAGGGACAGAAUCAUUAUCUAGGGACUAUUUUUGUUUUCUCCAAACUCACCUUCACGUGAUCUACCAAUGACAGUCAGAACAACACCUGGAGGUUGUCAAGGAACUUAACUGGAUCAUUAUAGCUUUUGAGGAAAACUGCCAUUCUUAACCAUUCCUGUCUUGAUAAGAGUGCAAAUCCAUUCCAAAAUGUUUAACAAAACAGUUUCCAUUGUAAACUUUUCUAGUAGUUUACUCAAUUUUAAUAACCAAUUUGCAGUUUUUGAUAAAGGAUUUUAAACAUCUAAUACUGCCAUUGAAUUUUCAGAAUGCUUUAGGAGGACCGGUGAAUUAAUUUUGUUCAAGGUAGGAGAAAUAAUAUCUGAGAUUCUAAGCAGCUUUCCAGUAGUUAACAAGCUAUCAGAGGCAAGAAAAGGAUGAGAAUUCUACGUGGGAAAGUGUAGGCCUAAAGAACAUAAGAAACGGGAACAAAAUCAGGUGACUAGUCCCUGGAACCUGUCAUUCAGAAGCAUCAUGCUGAUCCAAUCUUGGCCUCAGCUCCACUUUUUCAGCACUUGCUCCAUUUUCCUUGACUCACUUGUGGUCAGUCCAUUUCUACGUGGAAUAUAAUGAUGCCUCCUUCUCAGCUCUUUAUGGUAAAGAAUCCCAAAGAUUUUUAACUCAAAGAAGAAACUCCUUCUCUAAAUAUUCUGAAAUUUGUGCUCCUCUACUUCAUCAAAAGAGGAAGCACUCUCUUAGCACCACCUGUCAAUCUCAGACUCUCACAUUCUUCAACCAGAUCACCUCUCAAUUUUCUAACCUGCGCAAACUCUCUUUAUUAGUCAACUCCUUUAUCUUAGGAAUCAACUUAGUAUACCUAUGCAUUGUCUCCGGUGGAUUUUUAAAGAUGGGAACUCAAACUCUAUAUGGUACUCUAGGUCCAGUCUCACCAGUUCCCUGAAAGUUGCAUCAGAACUUUCCUACUUUUAUACAGCAUACCCUUUGCAGUUAUAGCCAUUGUCUCUACAGUUGAUGUCAGAAGUUUAUGUACACCUUAGCCAAAUACAUUUAAACUCAAUUUUUCACAAUUCCUGACGUUUAAUCCUAGAAAACAUACCCUGUUUUAUGUCAGUUAGGAUCACUACUUUUUUUUUAAGAGUGUGAAAUGUUAAAAUAAUAGUAGAGAGAAUGAUUUAUUUCAGCUUUUAUUUCUUACAUCACAUUCCCAGUGGGUUAGAAGUUUACAUACACUUUAUUGGUAUUUGGUAGCAUUGCCUUUAAAUUGUUUAACUUGGGCCAAACGUUUUGGGUUGCCUUCCACAAGCUUCUCACAAUAAGUUGCUGGAAUUUUGUUCCAUUCCUCCAGACAGAACUGGUGUAACUAAAUCAGGUUUGUAGGCCUCCUUGCUUGCACAAGCUUUCUCACUUCUGCCCACAAAUUUUCUAUCAGAUCGACGUCAGGGCUUUGUGAUGGCCACAACAAUACCUUGACUUUGUUGUCUUUAAGCAACUUUGCCUCAACUUUGGAAGUAUGCUUGCGGUCAUUGUCCAUUUGGAAGACCCAUUUGUGACCGAGCUUUAACUUCCUGGUUGAUGUCUUGAGAUGUUGCUUCAAUAUAUCCACAUAACUUCCCUUGCUCAUGAUGCCAUCUAUUUUGUGAAGUGCACCAGUCCCUCCUGCAACAAAGCACCCCCACAACAUGAUGCUGCCACCCCCAUGCUUCAUGGUUGGAAUGGUGUUCCUCGGCUUGCAAGCCUCGCCCUUUUUCCUCCAAACAUAACAAUGGUCAUUAUGGCCAAACAGUUCAAUGUUUGUUUCAUCAGACCAGAGGACAUUUCUCCAGAAAGUAAGAUUUUUGUCCCCAUGUGCAUUUAUAAACUGUAGUCUGGCUUUUUUAUGGCGGUUUUGCAGCAGUGGCUUCUAACUUGCUGAGCAGCCUUUCAGGUUAUUUCGAUAUAGGACUCGUUUUACUGUAGAUAUAGAUACUUGUCUACCUGUUCCCUCCAGCAUCUUCACAAGAUUCUUUGCUGUUGUUCUGGGAUUGAUAUGCAAUUUUUUUGCCAAAGUGCAUUCAUCUGUAGGAGACAGAAUGCAUCUCUUUCCUGAGGUGUAUGAUGGCUGCGUGGUCCCAUGGUGUUGAUACUUGUGUACUAUUGUUUGUACAGAUGAACGUGGAAAUUGCUCGCAAGGAUGAACCUGACUUAUGGAGGUCCACAAUCUUUUUUCUGAGGUCUUGGCUGAUUUCUUUUGAUUUUGAUUUUAAACUUCUGACCCACUGGAAUUGUGAUGUAGUCAAUUAAAAGUGAAAUAAUCUGUCUGUAAACAGUUGUUGGAAAAAUUACUCGUGUCAUGCACAAAGAUGUUCUCAACAUCUUGCUAAAACUAUAGUUUGCUAAUUUGAAAUCUGUGGAGUGGUUAAGCAAUGAGUUUUAAUGACUUCAACCUAAGUAUAUGUAAACUUCUGACUUCAACUGUACAUGCCCACCGUUCAUAUUUCAUAGAUGUCUUUGAGCCACACAUUUUACAACCUCUGUAUUUAAUUAUUUUUGAUUCUUCUGUCCAAACUGGAAAACUUCAUGUUUUUCCAAAGUUAUCUUCUAUUUUGCUCACUCAACCUGACUAUAUCUCUUUGAAACCCUUUUUUGGAUACCCCUAAUCCACCCAUUGCUUGUUCAUCAACAAAAUUGGCAACUGCAUAAUGAGUCAGUUCGUCUAAGCUAUCAACACAUUUUAAAUAGUUGACAUAGCACUGACUGCUUACUGAUAGCCAAUUGCAACAUGACUAUAAUCAAUCUCUGUUUUAGACCAUUCUGCUGGAACCACUCCUUUUAUCAGUUUAUUACUUGCAACUCUAACGACACUUCGAGAAACCCAUCUACUGAUUACUUUAAAGAUCGAUAGUGAACUCUUCGCAAUGGAAGAAUUCCUAAGCAAUAGAUUGGAAGUAUUAAGAUUGCAUAAUCUAAUGCUAACAGCUGUAUGCAUUCCAGGGAGAUGUUGAUUUUCUAACUUCUAACUUCAGUGGCUUUAUUCCAUAAUCAGUUGUGGGUUUCAAGUAUUUCAAUUAAGUAGCUAUUUGCAUUCCUUUCAAGGUUCAUGUCAUCAGUAGAAUGAUAAUAUUUAGUACUGAAAGGUGAGAUACUACUUGUAACCAUGUUUUGUAACAAUUAGCCACUGUCAUACCCUUGGCGCUGAUGAAGAUUAAGUAUUUCAUUAUAUUUUUAUAAUCAAUAAAUAUUAAUAACCAAGUUACUAAUGAGAAAAUUGCGGGGGGGGGAGGGGGAAGUCCCAAUUCCAGUUGCAAACUGAAGUGAGUUUCUUUUGAAAUUCUGCUGACCAUUGAAAUAGAGGCGGGGGUAAAAGUAAUAUCUAUGAUGCUAUUGUUUCUCUUUGUGCAAGUGCUGAGGUUAAAUUUAGAUUAGUAGGUGUGGUAUAAACAUGAGACAGAAAUGAUCCAAAUUUAGAUAUUUAAUUUGUGAUCUUUUAAAUUCUGAAAUGUAGAAUUAUAGGAUCCCAAUAUGUGGAGAAAAUUUAACUGGAAAACCCUGUACUAACAAUUACAAUCUUAUUUUAAAAAAAUACACAGGGAUUUUCUCUAUACAUUUGCAUUGCAAAAUCUGGCAAGAAUGGAGAAGGAUUUAAAACAUGAUUUAUAAUAUGUUUGCUUUGUUGCUGAUAUUACUUAAAUGAAAAUCUAAAGAAAAUUAAAUUUUAACAAUUUCGAAGCUAAAUUGUAUGACCCAAACCCAAGUGACAGACCCAAACUUAAUUUCAUCGCUUUGGAAAUGCAAUCUGUACACUCAUUUCAUUUUUAAUGUUAAUUUUUUCAUUACUUUGAAUAAAGUAAAAUGUUUGUUAUGUUACUAUUAAAUUAAUAUUUAUUGUUUGAUAUUUACAGAGGGCUUUAUUGUGUUUGUAAGUGGCAUUUUAAUUGUAGAAGCUUUCAUUACGCGGUUGUGUGCAGUGACAAGGUAAUUAAUAUUUUAUGUCCAUGAUUGUGGCUCAUUGAACUGAAAGAGUCUUUUUGAAGAGUAUUGUAUUUGUUUAAGAUAUGUUUAGUAUACCUGUUGGUCAUAAAUAUACAAAGCCAUAUAUUGAAUUAACAGGUGAAUUUUCUUGGCCCUCUUGAUAAAAUUUAUGUUCUUUUGUACCAUGCAGCCCUCCUAAAUGUUCUAAACCUGUGAUUCAAUGUCUUUUUCCAAUAGGAACACUAGAAACUACUAUGAGAUUUCCCUUUUAUUUUAGGAAUAUGCAUUAAUGUGAUUUAAUUACACACCUUGUAGUCCAAAUAUGAUGCUGCCAUACAAACUUUUUAAAAAAUGUUUUAAAUACCAUGUAAAUAAAGAGGGAUAAAAA